AUGUCGUCCUCGUCACAAAAACCAGCAGCCGAUAGUGAGAAACAUGAGGAGAAAAUGGAGGUUGAGGAAGAUGCACUGGACGAGGAGAUAUUGCGAAUGUCAGCAGAUGAUUUGAAAAGUAGAUCACACCUUCUGGAAAACGAAAUUCGUAUCAUGCGUUCCGAAGUGCAGCGGAUCAAUCACAGUGUGCAGACUCUAAAGGAACGUAUCAAAGAGAACAACGAGCGCAUCAAGGUGAAUAAAACACUUCCGUAUUUGGUAUCGAAUGUGGUGGAGCUAUUGGAACUAGAAGAGAUGCUAGAAGAGGAAGGCUCGAAUAUAGAUCUGGAUGCACACAAGACAAAGUGUGCCGUCAUUAAGACAUCCACUCGUGCCACUUAUUUCUUACCCGUCGUUGGCUUGGUUGAUCCAUCGCAAUUGAAACCUGGCGAUUUAGUUGGUGUUAAUAAGGAGUUGAUCGAAGCGGUCGUGCUGCCGAUGACACAUAAAGACCGCUUCAUUAAUCUGGGCAUCCAUCCACCCAAAGGCGUGCUCAUGUACGGUCCACCAGGAACCGGUAAAACGAUGAUGGCACGUGCAGUGGCUGCUCAAACGAAGUCAACGUUUCUGAAGUUGGCAGGACCACAACUGGUGCAGAUGUUUAUUGGAGAUGGUGCUAAAUUGGUGAGGGAUGCUUUUGCGUUGGCCAAGGAAAAGGCACCUGCGAUUAUCUUCAUCGAUGAAUUGGAUGCAAUCGGU